UCCCUCAAGUCUUUAUAAUAUCUGCAAUAUCUGCUCACCUCAGAGAGAGAGAGAGAGAGAUGGUAGGUGGUACAUUGGAGGUCACGUUGGUUGAAGCGCGAAACCUCAAGAACAUGGAUUUUAUUGUGAAGAUGAACCCCUACGUUGUAAUUCAAUAUGGAAAUCAAAAGCAUACAAGCACCACAGCCAAAGGACAAGGGACGAAGCCAGUUUGGAAUGAAAAAUUCAGAUUCGAUGCAGAGUAUCAUGAUGGUGAAGAUCACAAAUACAUGGACACUCGGAAGCUCUUGGACCACGAUGUAUUUGUUGGCGAAUCAAAGAAAGUGAUUUAUAUACGUGAUGUGAUAGCGUCGGGCACAGAGAAAGGAAAGGCUGAACUUGGAGUUGCCAAGUAUAGACUUGUCCUUCAAGACAAGACUUAUGCUGGAGAGAUCUCUGUUGCAUUAGAGCAUCCACAGUGGGGGGUGUAA